CGGCUCUCUGGUUGAAAUGGACGCAAAGACAAACAACUUAGCAUGGAUGCGCGUAAAAAUUCUGCCUGCACCCUUGCCAGACUUAGCUGUCGUCGAUACGUCUUUUGUUUUUGAAGAAGAACGUCGUUUUCUGACAGUGUAUUGGUCUGUAGCAAACACUGGCAGCUGGAUGCGUAAGAGUGCCUCUUGGCUGGAUAGAGUGAUUAUCUCGCGGUCAAGAGGCGUCAUCGAUGGCAAAGAUGCGCGCGUUUUAGCAUCUGAACGCGUGACUGCUAAAUUAGAUGAGCAACAAGAGUAUGGACUAUCCGUGGCGUUACAGAUUGAUAACAGCAUCAGAGGAAAGUUUUACGUGCAUGCGGUUACAAACGCAAAUAAGAACUUGUCUGAAGUUCCAGGCGUUUUAAAUAACGUCCGCGUGGCAAGGCAAAUUCUUUCUGUUCCACCUCCCCUUGCGGCUAGGUUGAUCUUGACUAUUAUUUCAAGUUUUCCGUCUCAGAUCACUUCAGGAACUCCUUUCCCUAUCGCGUUUCGUGUGCAGAACGUGGGGUUUGUAACAACGAAGAAAACCUCGUGGACUGAUGCGCUUUAUGUUUAUAGAAGGAAGGGCGCAAACAGAACAGAGGUCAUGGAGCAAGGGACAAAGUUAAAAGAGUUUCCUCACAUUGGCACAUUAGGAGCUCAAUCGUUUUACGAAGUAAGAUCCAAUGUCUCCAUUCCACGUGGGUUUGAUUCUUCAGCUUUCAUCUACGGCUUUGCAGAUAUCCACAGUCCCUAUACACCACCAGACAUAGAUGAGGGUAACAAUGGCGCACAACCUAAUGUCACGCAACCUAAUGUCACACAACCUAACGUCACACAACCCACAGUGACGCCGACAGCACCAACCGGCAUUAUUAUCACCGAAGGUCUCUUACCAGAUCUGCAAGGAUCGCUGGGAAGCAUAAAAGUGGAAACCCGUGGUGGCCAGCCAUUAAAUGUGACUUUCAACGUAACAAACGCAGGAGAAUUCUCUGUACAGGGAGCGUGGUACAAUGCUUUGUACCUCAGUCAAGACCUGUUGAUCGAUCCAUUUGACCUGCGACUUGCGACUGUGAGAGCAACUUAUCUUUCCGUGAACAACACGUUGUCGUUGAGCGCCGAGGUUUUCAUUCCGUUUGACACUCUUGAUUCGGAGUAUUACCUGCUAUUGUUGGUGGACAGUAAAAACACUAUCUGGGAAAGUGACGAACAGAACAACGAGGCUUCCCUGCUAAUAAAGAUCAACAAGACAUUCAGUAGCGACUUAGCUGUUUUAUCUGUUUCCUCGUCCAGUGGUCAGUUCUAUUAUGGUGAAGAUGUCACCGUGAGCUGGAAGAUCAGAAACAAUGGAAGCCAACCGGCCGAGGGUUAUAAAUGCGAUACCGUUUACUUGUCACAAGACGAGUUAUGGCAGAUAGAAGACGUGAGAAUUGGGAAACCGAUGUGUUCUUACGUCAUCCUGAAUCCUUACAACGGAGGCGCUAACAAAGACACUGCUUACUCUAUAACAAGCGAACUACCGCUGACAAGCUUGGGACAAUAUCGCAGUCUUGUGAAAACUCGAAGCAACAUUCUAGACCAAAAUCACCAAAACAACAUUGCUGUCGGACCGAAAAACUUAAAUGUUUCUUUUCCAAGACUUCCGUUAGAUGGCUGUACGAACGUUACCUUAAAGCCGGGCGAAGACUCGUCAUACAUUGUUGACAACGUCCCGGAUGAAAAGACGCUCAUUGUUACCAUAAAUAGCAACAUUACUGAUGCAUUCCAUGAAUUGUUCGUGAGGCACUCCAAACCGGCAACCGCUUACCAAUAUGACGGCGGAUCAAAGUUUGCUUUUACAGCUGACCAAGAGGUAGUAAUACCUGAAACGAUUGCAGGGGAAUACUAUGUUCUGAUGAGAAAAUACGAUACUCCUUCGUCCGCCCAGACUAACAAAGCGUCUCAGCUGUGUGUGCGCAUUGCAAAGUUUGAAAUCAGUCGUGUGUUUCCUAGUCAAGUAGCUCCACUGGGAAACGCCACCCUGCGCUUUGAAGGAACUUUGUUUGGGCAAAAGCUAGAAGCUUUUCUUGUGAACGCUUCCGCUGAAGAAGAUUUCAUCAGAGCAGAACAAGUCUAUCGACUGAGUUCUACUGAAGUGUACGCUACUUUCGCUACGACAAAUCUGACCAUUGGUGCAACUUUCCACGUGAAACUUGUCAACGCAGAAUCAAAAGAAGAAGCGUUAAUGGAACGAUCUUUGGUGGUAACGCGCGGUGAACGUGGACGGUUAGAAACGCACGUUGACUUUCCAGAAGUGUUGCUAGUGGAUUCGCCCGGGGUGAUAACAUUGUCGUAUGAAAAUGUCGGCGACACUGAUAUUUUAUGUCCCUUGUUAUCACUUAGGGUCAGCGGAGGACAGACAAAGUUCCGCCCUGUUCAAAAGGAUAGACAAGCGGCUCAAUUGUCUUCCGCUGUUAUGUUUUUAGCUCAACCGCUUCAAGGCCCAGGUGGUAUUUUACCUCCAAAGGCUUACGGGGAAAUAGUAUUUGAUACCGAGUCAGGUGGAAGCGAAGAAGCGCAAGCGACAUACAGAGUUCAGAUGUUGUUUGGAGGCGAUGAACCGCACGCUUAUAUAGACAGCAGCAAAGACUUGAAGCCGGAGUUUCUGAGCGAUGAGCUGUGGUCUCCAAUAUGGAACAACUUCCUGGUGUCUGUUGGUAAGUCGGCGUCAUCGUUCCAGCGCAGGAUGUCAGCGGUCAGCACCUUGCUGAGCAUGUCAGGAAGAAGAGUCAACUUGCUGACCGAUCUUGUUCAGUUCCAGCUUGAUAUGGCCAAUGGCAAGCUGAGCGGUGACCCACUAUUAGCGCAAGAUGACUUAAACGACCAAUCCACAUUAGAUGGUACAUUGCCUUUGGUCUUACAAAGAACGUACAGCGCUCUUCUUUCCAAACGAAGGGACAAGGGCGUUUUUGGAAUUGGCUGGAUGGCAUCAUGGUGGGAAGCUAAAGUAACGCUGAUUACACCAGAAAGAAUUAAAAUUGUUCGUUUACGCGAGGAGCUAGUAUUUGAGGCUGGUGCAACUGGGCUGUAUAUGUCACUGGAUGGAAAGAAAGUCACUGUUAAUGACACAGAACUCCAUUUCGCCGACUCUAGCGUCUCUACUGUGUUUAUAUUUGAUUCCGUCAUGAAACAUCUAAAAAAGAUCCAAAGAGGUAACGAGACGAUCACCAUUGCGUAUGUGCAGAACAGAUCUUCGACUUUCAAGCAUUCGUCAGGAGGAAAAAUAACUGUGAAAUACAACGACAAAGGACUCCUUCGCGAGGCUCGAUUAGAUGAUGGAUCCGGUAACGAACAAAGAUGUUUCUACACUUAUGAUUGGAACACAGCAGCAUUGCUGUCCGUGACCUUAGGCAAACAAACUACACGGUAUACCUACAACUUUAACGGUGACCUGACAAGUAUUACUUACCCUACUUCGACUACCGUCAAGUAUUCCUGGAACCAGUAUGGACUCCUGAGUAAUAUAACAGGUUAUAACCGGGAAAACAAGUUUGUUCAAGGAAUGUAUUUCUCUUACGACUGGAAUGGUAAGGUUACUAUGUCCAGACUCCCACAAGGCGACUCGGCCGUGCUGGUGUUUAAUGAAGACGCCAGAAUGAUGGACAUAGCAGGCGGAGGUUUUAGCGGUGUACUAUUUGACAGUGUUAAAAAUGAUGACCAGGUUGUGCGAAUCACAAAGCAAGGAGAACAGGUUGUAAUGAAAAGACUGUUCAAUGAAAAGACGAAUACCAUGUCUGUGGUGGACGCAAACGAUCAUAAAACAGAUUUCCUACUACGGGAGAAUUUUGACAUUCUAAACACCACCGAUCCUGAUGGCCUUGUUUAUCAGAACAUUUACGAUGACAAAGACAAAAUGGUCAAGUUCAAAUACCCUGAUGGCGAGGCCGAACUCACUGAUUAUGAUGGCUUCGGCAGGCUGGUAAAGUUUACUGGUAGAGCUGGCAAGGAAGUCAAGUUCGAGUAUGAUGAAAAAGACAGGAUUGUCAAAAAGGAUGUCGAUGGUCUUGGCUCUUCGUAUUUCCUUCGUGAUGACAACGGAAACAUCAUUCAAGCGACAAACGAAAUCGGAGCAAUAAACAUUGUUUUCGACAGAGAAAAAAGACCUUCUGCUGUCACUUAUCCAAAUGGUCAGCGGCUCACUUACAAAUUCAAUGAUUUCCAACGUCGUGUGGCUCUGAAUGUCGCCGGGUUGAGCUUGGUAUACACGUAUGACCGGUUUUACCGGUUAUCGGAAGUCGUGCGAUUACACCCCAGCGGUAGAGUUGAUGUCCUAUUGAAGUUAGAGUACAACUCACGGGGAAUGUUAUCUAAACGGGUCCUUGGGAAUGGAGCAUAUUCUGAGUACGUUUUAGAUCGAACUAAUUUCAAACUGUCGCGAAUGGUAAAUUAUUUUCCAAAUGGAAGCAUUUCUUCCUAUUUUGAAUACAACUAUGAUAGAAAAGGACGUAUCAUUCAAUUAAAUACGACCUCAGGGAGCUGGUAUUAUAAGUAUGAUGCUGCUUCGCAGCUCAUAGGAUCGACAGAUCCGCAGGGAAAGAUUGUUCGUUACACUUACGACAAGAGAAAAAACAGAUUAUUCGUAUCACAAGAGCCUGGCAACAAGACCUUGUACGCUACAAACGAAGUUAACCAGUACAGCUCGGCAGGAAAUUAUGAUAUCAAAUAUGACAUGAAUGGCAAUAUGGAAGAGAAGACGAACAGGGAUGUGCGGAACGAUAGCGUCAAAUUCAAGUUUAGUGCCGAGGAUUUCUUGGUGCAGGCUGAAACUCCGAACAAAAGAUGUAACUUUGUUUACGAUGCCUUGGGAAACUUAUACAAGAAGACAUGCGGUCAGUCAGAAGUGCAGUACAUCAUCGAUCCAUUUGGGAAUCCAGGAGCUGAUGUUGUUGGACAGAUUUCUGGUGGGAAUGUAACAUACUUUGUCCACUGUGAAGAGCUUGGAUUGGUUGCGUUGGUUGACAAGAAUGGAGAUUUAUUUUAUUACGAGUUUGACGGUCUAGGGUCUGUCGUAGGAAUACUGGGUCCUAGUGGUGAUCGUGUCAAUCGCUACAGUUAUGACCCCUUAGGCAGAAUGUUGGAAUUUGACGAAGCAUUACCACAGGAUUUCACGUUUAUUGGUCAAUGGGGAGUGACUGCAGACCGUGAACUAAGGGAUAUUUACUGGAUGAGAUCCAGACACUAUGAUGCACAGCUUGGAAGAUUUCUUAGCUUUGACCCUCUCGGCUUUUCAGGGAAAAGCAUCAAUCUUUACUCAUACGCAGCCAACAAUCCCGUGAUGCUCGAGGACCCCCGAGGGCGUUGUGUUUCCUUUGUUAACGUUGCUGGGGGUCCUCUGGGAGCUGUCCUUGGCGCAGGCACCAAUGUCGCCGCUUACAUCGCAAGUCAGAGAAUAGCUAAUCAAAAAAUUACCUUUGGAGGACUUAUAUCAAGUGCAGUAACAGGUGCUGUCUCGGGAUUUUUCAAAUCUGCUAAAGUGGCCGUCGGAUUUGCCACUAGCUUCGGAGGGUCUUUGAUUCAGCAAAAGAUUGAUAAUGGUCGGGUUAGUUGGCGAAAGGCAUUGGAAGAUGGUGUCAACGGUGCAAUUUCCUCAGCCCUUCCUCCGCUCGGUGGUUCUUCAAGUAAAUCAGGAGGAUGUGGGCAGGCUAUUUCCGAUUUUAAUGACAAGACCAUUAAAAACACUUUUGUGCCAGAUGCAACGAAAAAGGCAGAGGAUCUCAUCAAUAUCACCAUCGAGUGGGUGCGCUCCUUGGAUCCGAACGACAUGAUUGGUCCUCCAGGAUACGGAGACGCGCGCUUUAUUUCGUUGAGGACACCGCUGAACUACAAGAUCAGGUUUGAGAACGAUCCUAAUGCCACCGCUCCUGCACAGCACGUGAUCAUUCUACAUACACUGGACCAAGACUUGGACAUCCGCACGUUUAGGAUUACGGGUUUUGGAUUUGGAAACUUUAUUAAAAAGCUGCCGAAUUCAAGGGCUUUUCUUCAGGAAACAAUCGACCUUGUGUCGGAGAAGAACAUUUACCUACGAGUCAUUGCCGGGAUAGACAUCAUGACCCGUGAAGCUCGCUGGGAAUUUCAGAGCCUUGAUCCUCAGACAGGUGAGGCACCUGAUGAUCCACGAACUGGCUUUCUUCCACCAAACAACGGCACGACAGGGCAAGGAUACGUGACUUUCUCUAUUCGCCUCAAGAAGAACUUGCCACCUUUAGCAAGGAUUGAUGCCAAGGCCAGCAUCUAUUUCGACAAGAACGAGCCGAUCGACACUCCUCCAAUCUUUAACACGAUUGACAGUUCGACCCCCUCCUCCAAUAUCUCUGUCAUUAAUGACAUCAUGAAGGUUGGAAAAUUGGCCGUGGAUAUCGAGACAAGAGAUGAGGGGUCUGGGGUCCAGUCCGUGGACUUAUUGUAUCAAAUCUCAGGGGGUAACGAUCCGCUUCAAGAACAAUCCCUACUUCCCCUGCUCUCCGGUAUAACAGACGACACAACCUUCCUACCCCUCCCCUCUGGGAAGACGUACUCACUUUUGGCUUUGGCCAUUGACCACGUGGGUAACAGACAGCCAAUGGACUUGAAUCGAGUCAUCAAAGUGGACUUUACACCUCCUAAACCUUCCUGUGAACGAUUGAAUAACUGCUCUGGUCAUGGAAACUGCUCCGUCCUCAAUUUCUGUGUCUGUGAAGACGGAUUUUAUGGAGUUAACUGCUCACUCGAUUUUCCUUUGCGGUUUGAGACUCCGAUCAUUGACGCAAUGUACAGCGACACCAGCGAAGACAUGCGCACUCAGUUAUACCUUUCCGCGUUUAUUCCGGAUUUCGACGACAGCAGCUACAAUGAAAAUUUCACCUUGAAACUCUUCAUCGAUGAAGUUCCCCAUGGAUUUACCUUCAGUAAAGGAAACCAGAGUGGGAAUCGCGUCACGUUGGAGCAUGAGGAGUUUGGUGAUAUUUGGAUGACGCCUGAAAAAGACUUUUCAGGAGUCGUCAGAUUUAAUAUCACUGCACAAGGCGCAACACCAAGGGAAACAAAAAUGGCCAGUAACCUAAUCGAAAUAAAGAUCGAAGCCAUUGCUGACAUUCCGUUUCUCGAUGUCAGUGUUCCAUGUUAUCACUGGAACAGCAGCGAAAAGAUUAUACCCGUAACUGUAGAAAGCCACCCGACUGACUUAGAUGGUUCCGAGAAUCUCACGAUUAUCUUCUCGGGCUUACCGAGUGGUUAUCGAUCAUUUUACGAGAAUGAAACGAAAGUUCCACCUAACUCGCCUGGCUGGUUUAUUUCCUUUAAUGGAACAUUAAAACCCUUUAUUCUGAGUGUCAUCGCCAUAGCCGAGGAAAACUCUAAUGGAGACAAAGCAAACAAGACAGUUACUGUUGAUGUGGUAUUCUGUGUUACUUGUGAGGCGGUGAAUAACUGCUCCGGACAUGGAAAGUGCAGCAAAGUAAAUACUUGUGAAUGUGAAAGUGGAUAUAAAGGAUCCCUGGAUUGUUCAUCAGUUUCCUGCGAAGAAGUGGGAAAUUGUUCUGGACAUGGAAUUUGCACUGGCCCAAAUAUGUGCGUUUGUGAUAGCGGAUUCAAAAGUGUUGGCUGUUCACAAGUUUCUUGUGAACUGGUAAACCACUGUUCAGAUCAUGGCGCAUGUAGCGGACCCAAUGAAUGUUCUUGCUAUAGCGGAUUCAAAGGAAUUAAUUGCUCCGAAGUAUCUUGUGAGGAGUUGAACAACUGCGCAAAUCAUGGAAUCUGCACUGGUCCAAACAAAUGCACUUGUGAAGAAGGCUUUAAAACUGCUCCAGACUGCUCUAAAGUUUCUUGUGAAUUGCUGAAUCACUGUUUAUAUCGCGGUAACUGUAGUGGCCCUAAUGUCUGCUCGUGCCACAGUGGUUUUAAAGGAUUAAACUGCUCACAAGUAACCUGCGAGGCCGUAAAAAACUGUUCAACCCACGGAACCUGCGCUGGACCAAACUUAUGCACUUGUGAAAGAGGUUUCCAUGGAGCUGAUUGCUCGGAAGAACUGCAAGGUGAAGGUCUCGUGGGAUUAAGCAAAGAAGUUGUUGUUGGGAUCUCAGUUGGAAGCUUCGUGUUUGGUUUACUUUUGUGUAUGAUUCCAUUUUAUUGUUACCGGAAGAGAACGAUCAGGCGUCGACGUAAAUCGCGUAGCAAACAAGCUAACACAUUUGCCCUCAAGUCCUUCGAAAACGAGGCUUACGCAGCGGCUCCGCUGAAAGGCUAGGAACCAAUCAGUUCUGACGCGAUUUGAUGGAGAUGAAGACGACGAUGACGAUAAUGAUAACAACGGCGAUGAAGACGAUGACGUAGAAGUCGACGACCAUACGUUAUGACUUUGUUCAUGUAAAAAUAUAACAGCGUUGUAUUGUAUUGUGAGUAGAGUCAGUAUUGUGCCGUUUUGUAAGUAGAUUAAGUAUAAUGUAAUUUAAUAUGUGUAAUUAUGUGUUUUUGCAAUAAAAUAAUAAUAAUGAUAAUGAUAAUGAUAGAUAGUGAUAGUGACAGUGAUAGUGAUAAUGAUAAUGAUAAUGAUAAUGAUAGUAAUAAUGAAAAGAAUAAAACAAUAUAGCAGCGUUACUUGUUUAUUCUCGAUUGCAUAAGCUGACAUGACAAAUUUAAUCGUAAGAGCUUAUAACUAGGGAGACAACUAUUGUGAAGUGAAGUGAUGUGAUAUUAUUGUUGUUUGCCACUAUUCAUGCUAUGUAUACCAUAAAAAGGCGUGAUUUAUAAUAGUCGUGACAAUGAUACGGUUAAUGUAACAUAGAAGAGCUGAUUUGACAAUUAGUGGACACGUUUAGAAACGGUUUCUUCCAGUCCUGGCUGGCUUAUCAUUAAGUUAACAGUUUUUUACACUUCCUGUACAUGAAAGGGAACAGGAGCUGAAUUACUAUUUCUUUCGGAUUAGAGGCGUAGUGAAAUGGUUUCGCAAACGUUUUGGCCAAACUGGAACCCAGCCCCUACCUGGGGGUGGGGGUACUCCCAUGUAUAAAGCUCGGGAAUGUUCGUCGUUUCGCUCAGGGGUGUAAAUUACUGAUUUUGGUCUCAGGGUGUUCAGGACGAAAGGCCAUUAUUUUUAGCUGCCAAGGUAUAUUUUAGAGUUAUCCUCGAAGAAACAUUAAAAAAAGCUGUCAUGUCCGGUUUUUUAAAGUGAUAUCUUUUAGGGGUCAAAUAAAGCUCGAGUCACGCCCGGAUUGGUCUUUUUUAGAGGUCUUUAGUUAAAUACACCAUUUUGUAUUCUCGGUAUUGGACUGGAACUAGCGUGUACCAAAGGCUAAAACGUAUGCAAAUGCAAAUGACAUUCACCUCUAUUUAAUGACCUGAUGACAUCCCCCCUCGCGCAUGAGCCUCCAUUGCAAGCUAGUUCCAGUCCAAAAGCCAAUAUAGGAAAAUAGUCUAUUUUCCAACGAGCAUCACUGACCUUUUCUAAUGGGAGUUCCCUUCCCCCCCCUCCACACCUCCCCUCCCGGGAUCUAGCUCUUUCGAUCCGGAUUUAAACCCACUAAUUGUCAGGUCAUCUUAUUGCGCUUCUCAAUAGAGAUUUUAUUACUAUGCUGGUAACAGUAGAGUAUUAUUCGAUCGGCUAUCAUAGAAUUGCAAUCAAGGAAAUUUUCGUGACAAAAUAUGUUUUCAAAGUGUUAAACCCAAGAAGCGCAUAAAUACAAUCGAAAUUAUAUACGCAAAAAUUAUACUAGAAAGUUAGACGGGAAAUUAUACAGCUUCCUUGAUAUAGUAUCGCUUGUAUUUACCGGCAUUUUUUUAAAAAGAAAUAAAUCUGGUGUAACUGCUUUGUGAAA